AUGUUGGAGUCCUAUCUUCCACUUUAUCGUCCGGAAUCCAGGUUACCAACCCUGUAUAUCAAUCCAAAUAUCGAUGCCCUCUUCAUCAACGAGUACAUUCACAAACUCGACAAGGUUAUUCCGGAAUUCAGCCCCCGAAUCCUCCGGUCCUUACGCCAUCUCGUCGUCGAAUCAGAACGGGUUCUCCGGCACCCCAGCUACUCCAACGCGUCAAUGAUUAGGUUGACGAAAUUUGCGAACCUCGAAAAGCUGACAAUGUCCACGCCUCCCACGAAGCCCGAUUUCCGAGAUGUCGUCCUUCUCAGUAUAUUUCCAUAUCCACUUUCAGCACACCUGGGAGGAGGUUGUGAGUUGGCUGAAUAUUACAAUGCUAUGAGGUUCCAGCUCAGCGAAGAGGCCGUGUCGAACAUUCGCGCGUGGAGCUCGCCGGACGUAGCCCAAGGGUACAGCUGGGUUUCCGCUGCGAUAGAGAAGGUGUCUCGUGAUAACCCUGAUUGGAAGGUUCCAAGAAUUGAUCUGAAGGCUGUUGAGCGUAUCCGAAAGUUGACGGGGACAGAUGGGGACUGGGCAAGCAUGCUGGACGAAGGUCUCUCUAUCGGCGAGUUUGAACUCGCCUUGAGUUAG